CAGCUGAUUCAAGAUUUACGAAGGCGUUCGGCAGAAGGGGGUUAGGUUUAUGUACUAUUACACCUUGUUAAAGCCCCUUUAAUGUUUCUUUCACGCAGCAAAAGCUUUUAAUAGUUUAGUAUGAACUGGGUGGGCGGUGCAAGAAGUCGAAUAAAAAGAGAAAAAGAAUGGAAAACACAGAAGGAAUUCUUUCAGCGGAAAAGAUUCCUUGCGAAACAGAAUAAAAUUUCUCAUCAACGACCAAAGAACCCAGGAAGAAGAAGCCAAGAUCUUAAGGCUUUGAUGGCCUUGGACAAGACAUUUUCUGCUAAACAUUCUGCUACAUACACCAAUGACCACAGUAGGCUUAAUUUAUACGAGCAAAGUUCCAGGGGCCAUCAAAGUGAGAGACAAAUUAACAGAUUGAAUUUAAACAAGUUUCAACAAAAACGUAGAUUUACUGAAGUUCAUUUACCUGCUUCAUCCCCCACAGAUAUGGGACCAUCUUUAACAGUAAUGAACAAUAUAUACUCAGAAAAGAAGCCAAAUAGACUGCUGCAAAAUAAAAAUGUUCUGACCAGGACAUCAAAACAGAUACUUCCAAGACUUGGAAAGAACCAUCUUUUCAGUUAUGAAACAACACCUCCAGAGGAAUUCUUUCAGCGGAAAAGAUUCCUUGCGAAACAGAAUAAAAUUUCUCAUCAACGACCAAAGAACCCAGGAAGAAGAAGCCAAGAUCUUAAGGCUUUGAUGGCCUUGGACAAGACAUUUUCUGCUAAACAUUCUGCUACAUACACCAAUGACCACAGUAGGCUUAAUUUAUACGAGCAAAGUUCCAGGGGCCAUCAAAGUGAGAGACAGAUUAACAGAUUGAAUUUAAACAAGUUUCAACAAAAACGUAGAUUUACUGAAGUUCAUUUACCUGCUUCAUCCCCCACAGAUAUGGGACCAUCUUUAACAGUAAUGAACAAUAUAUGCUCAGAAAAGAAGCCAAAUAGACUGCUGCAAAAUAAAAAUGUUCUGACCAGGACAUCAAAACAGAUACUUCCAAGACUUGGAAAGAACCAUCUUUUCAGUUAUGAAACAACACCUCCAGACGAAUUCUUUCAGCGGAAAAGAUUCCUUGCGAAACAGAAUAAAAUUUCUCAUCAACGACCAAAGAACCCAGGAAGAAGAAACCAAGAUCUUAAGGCUUUGAUGGCCGUGGACAAGACAUUUUCUGCUAAACAUUCUGCUACAUACGCCAAUGACCACAGUAGGCUUAAUUUAUACGAGCAAAGUUCCAGGGGCCAUCAAAGUGAGAGACAGAUUAACAGAUUGAAUUUAAACAAGUUUCAACAAAAACGUAGAUUUACUGAAGUUCAUUUACCUGCUUCAUCCCCCACAGAUAUGGGACCAUCUUUAACAGUAAUGAACAAUAUAUACUCAGAAAAGUAUAUUUUUAUUUUCAGGAAGCCAAAUAGACUGCUGCAAAAUAAAAAUGUUCUGACCAGGACAUCAAAACAGAUACUUCCAAGACUUGGAAAGAACCAUCUUUUCAGUUAUGAAACAACACCUCCAGAGGUACAAACACCCCUCCCUUCAUGGCCGCAGGAUGAAUUGUCCAAAUUCAGAACGCCACUUAGUGACAUUCAUAGAAAUUUUGAGGAUCAUAAAUUGGAAACUAUUGUCAGUUCAGCUUUAUUAGAAUCCAAAGUAAAACCAAAAAUUUCUAAUUUGGAACAUUUUCAAACGACUCCUCUCAAAAAAUGCUAUUCCAACGAUAACCAGUCUCCUGCCUUUGGCUGUAGAGAAGAAGAUAACCAAAUUGUUCCAUUUUCAAGCCAAGUAGAUUUAGCUACAGGAAUCGAAGUGCCCAAGACUAUUAAAAGGGGCAUAAUUGACAAGCAUGGUGCAUUGAAAGGUAAAAUAGGGAGAGGCAAAUUUUGUGUCCGUUUUUCAGACCAAACCAUGACAAAUGAUUCAACUUUUGGUUGGUCAUCCAAACUGGAAACCAAAAACUUGGAAAGGCCAUCACUUGUCAAAACAGAAAAAUCAGUGAAGCAGAAUCUGUUUGCUGGCAUGUUCAACAGAUGUAAUAACAGUCCGUUCAGAUUUCCUGAAAAGGAACAUAGAAGAGAUCAGGAAAUAUCCAAGAAUCACACUCAACCAAAUGUAUUUAGUACUACGUUUUAUCCUAAAUUCAAAAAAGAAUUUCAUAAUGGUGAUCAAAUAUUUUUUUGUAACACAGGAGUUACAAAUUGCAGUUCUAGUGCAAACAUAUCCUGGGAACUAAACAAUGACAAGCAAAUUAGGGACAGACCAGAAACAGAGGAAUUUCUAACAUUGCAAGAGGGUAAACAUUUGCCAUCAAGUAGCUUAGACGGGUGGUCUGUUAUUGACUGCUGUAGACCUCGGAAGUCAAACAGUACUACCCCUGACAGUGUUUUCAAAGGACCCUCUGGACAGGAUAAAUUUAUCAAAGAAGAGCUCCCCAUUAAUUUGGAUACAAGCUGUUUGAUAGAAGAGAGGAACUUUCUUAAAAAGCAUGUCAGUUCUUCAAACAUCGAAGAUGGGGAUAUUUCUCACCCAAGCCAAAAUUCUUCUCCACAUUUAGUUCCAAAUCUUUCAGCUCCAUGUGCAACAGUUGAUUACUUCGAUUAUGACCAGAAAGAGAGGAAAUUACACAAAUUUGACACAGAGAUGUCUUUCCUACAGACUUAUGACCGGUUUAAAGCUCCGCUGACUGAAAGUAUUGAAACAUCAAGAGAUGAAGCCACCCUGCAAGAUGAAUCCAGUGAAAGUUUGAAAAAGCAUCACCAAGAAGAAAAGGGUUUUCUUGACAUGGACAUUGAUGUAACAUAUGCAGUGAACAGUGGAGGUGUUCACACUGGAGGAAAAACACUACCCGAGCUAGCAGACAAAGAGCUAAGCUGUCCUGCAAAUCAGGCAAAGACUUCAGGCGUGAGUAAUGAUGAAGUUGACCACUACAACUUACAGUCAUCCCAGUGUUCCUCAGUUAGUGAUGUCACAGAAAAUUUCUUCAGUCAGGAUUCCUUUGAGACUUGUAAUUCUCUGCAUGACGUUACAGUUGAUGUAUCAACCAAAUCUACAGAAAAAGAACCAUUUGAAAAUGCCCCAGGUCAUGAUUCUGAGGAAGUUGCUGUCAUUUCUGCUUCAACACAGACUGAUAACCUUCAUUGCGAUGCCCACACAUCUUGUGAUCUAGAUUUCAGGCAUAUGUCAACUCAGUGGGAUCCUCUUGAUUUGAUGUCCCCUCCAUGCCCAUCAACACUAAACCAAUCACAUUGUGUAACACCAAACCAAUCACGUUGUGUAACAACAAAACCAUGCGUGGUAAAGGUUGAGAUCAUGGAGAUUUCAACCUCGACAGGUUCACAUGAUGAUGCAGACUUGAAUAAAAAUAUUUAUUCACUGAGGCGGAGAUGUAAGAAAGAGUUAACUUGAGUUACAUUGAGUUAACUUUAUUUUUUCACCAAGCUACAUGCACAAAAUGAUGAUGUUGGAUACAUGAACAGUUGUGUACAUUAGCAAAGUCUGACAUUCAUGUUGUACACAUGCAGGCAGAUACAUUGUAUUUUAUGUUGUUUUUUAAAUGUAUGUAUAAAUGCUGAAAGCAAUAUUGUUUUGGUAUGCAGGUAUUAAUAGGAACUUCUAAUAUACAGAAUAUUCUGUGUGAACAUGUUUGUAUUAAGAUUUGAAUGUAUCUAAUGAUUCAUAUGUGGAUGUAUUAAUGUGAACAAAUUUGUGAUUUGUUUUAAUACAGCAGUAGUUGAAGUGGAUCUCCACAGUUUAAUCCUGAAAACCAUUUUGAUUAAAUACAUCUUAUUUCAGUGUCUGUGCUUCACUCAGUUGUAUCCCUCAUUUAUGAUAGUGUCUGUCUGACCAGAACAGCGCCGAAAACAUAUUACUAUCAACAGUGAAGCUAUGAAAGCAUUUGAAUACCAAGAUCAGGUAAGAAUGAAUAAUAGGAAAAAUUAUGCUGUAUGCUAGGAUAUUACUGAGUUGGAUGACCCUGUACUUGUUAUAAAAAGAAAUAAAAUGUUCUGCCAUAACCAAGUUGACAGUUCUGUAUAGUCAAAAUGGAUCUGUGCUAACUUUAUGUACAUCUAGGGUUAAUAUAUCUUAAAACACGUGAAGAAAGGCUCAUUGAUUCUCUGUCUGAUGACAGUAAUGACAUUACAUCAUCAUGACAUUACGUUAUCAUUUUUUAAGUAUUCAUGUACAAAGUACGCUUUUAAUAAAUUUGUUAACAAGGUUCCUACUGAUGAAAGACCUAACGCCUAUGUUUUCAAGGACCAGUUUCAAGUACCAAUCUUUUCAAGUACAAACCUUCAUGUGGAUAUUAAUUGUUACUACAUAUGAAUUUUGGUAACUACAUGUAAUUUAGCGGUUCAUUUAAAAAUGAUGCCAAAUGAUAUUGAAAAACCAAGCACUUUUAAAGUCUCAACCCAAACUACUCAUGUUCAGGUCUUGGAAACCCAACAAAAUUCAAGUGAUUUCAAGAACCAACAGGAACCAUGUUCUAAUCAGGCAAUAUACCUCAGCUAUGUUUAUUUUUGUUCAUAUGUUUAUUGAUAGGAACACACCAUGUACACAGUUUUCCCUUAACAUAAUAGGGUUUAUCUUUCACAGAAUAUCUUUCACAGAAGGACAACUUCACUAAACUUUGGUUAGUUUUAUUUUGUUAAAGACAUCUUCAUGACUGUCAGCUGAUUAUUCAAAACAUUUUUUUCUUAGCAAGAACAUCAAUUGAAGUAAGGCUAAACUUUCUUUAAAAAUAGGGCCUACUAUGUUUUUCCUUACCAGGAGGAAAAAUUCCAUAUUGACCAACCCAAAAAUGGUCCCUAAAUGGUGUCACAGUCUCAUUGGCUUUCAGUUAAGUUGUAAGAAAGUUGUACAAAAUUCAUUAGUAUUGUGAGUGACACAGCAUUGUGAUAAGAACAGUUCCACUAGUGGAAUGCAAUGUAAAUGGGAAAAACAGCCAGUAAUAAAAUAAAGAUUUCCUUUCAGUUCUAAGAGGUGCCUUCAAGGAGAGGUGAAUGAACACGUUACUGUGGUCUUGUACACCCCAAUACAGGUACAUGUAGUUUGCCUACUGAUGAAUACUUGUUGUCGGUGGGGUGAAAGGCAACCUGUUAUUUGUUUUUUUUAUUCCUGAGUAAAAGACUGAUACCAUUGAAUUUAGGCAUCAUUGGCAAGAUUUGUAUUUAACCUUAUUUGUUAGACAUACAAGUACACAGCAGAAGUAUUCAUUUAAAUGUAACUGCAUGAACUUUCUGAAAGGAAGAUCUAUGUAUCUUGUUGAAGUAAAAGCCUAUAAAUACAUAAUCCUUGACAUUACUUUAUACAAACUGUAUUACUUUAUCUACAAUGUUCACUUCAUGGAAAAUACAUUUCACUGGUUUCGUUUCAACUUUACUUUGCUUGUGGGAGGCAGAUGUGGCUGUUGGAUGUAUCUAUAGAAGAUUAAAGUAAAAUGUUUGCCUGUCCAAUGAUUUAAUUCCUCUCACUUAUUACAAGUGCAGUGGCAAAAUCAGAAAUUCUUCAAACCGAGACUUAAUAAACAGGUUCAAUUUAUAAAUUCACUAAAAAUUCAUCAGUUUAUUUAUUCCACGAUCGAAGAUAAUGAAUUUGAAGGGAUACACAUGUGAUCUUUGAUCGUCUCUGAAUGCCUAAUAUAUUCAUCAUAAAGUUGGUACAAGUGCAUCUUGAAUUGUGUUCUCUGGACUGCUGUUCCUGCAUUUUUCCAAAUACAUUUCUUGAAACCUAGCAAAGAAUCUAAUUUCCCUGCUCACUGAAAAAGUCAACCCUGUAUGUAAAUAUGUAUGGUAAAUAGUUGAUCAUGUACAUGUAUAUAGUAAGCUAUAUACCUAUACAAGAGCGUCAUGAUGCUGUCAAAAAGUAAUAAUAUUGGGUGACCUUCAGCCAACUGUUGUACAUGUAAACAGCAGAUACAUGUAAACAGCAGAUCUACAACAAUCGUAAGUACCAGUACCUAAAUAACAGACUAACACCUGCAGCUCUAUAAAUGACAUUUACAUACAUAUUGCAAAUUAUGGCUUGUAUAUAUCACAUCAAUAUAAUAUUUAUCUGUCUUCAUUACAAUAAUCAUCAGUAUUUACUUGGCUUUUUAGUCCCUAUCUAACACAUGAUGAAAUAACACACAUAGCAACAUGGUCAAUAGA